AUGUCAAACAUAGAGGAUAACAAAGAACUUGGACAGAUGGAUGUGGAUGCAUCUGGUGGGUCAGUUAGCAUGCCAUCGCCCCAGAAGCAGGAGGAAACUUUAAAGAAAAAAUAUGGAGGAAUGAUUCCCAAAAAACCGCCACUUAUUUCUAAGGACCAUGAGCGUGCUUACUUCGAUUCUGCGGAUUGGGCAUUGGGAAAGCAAGGCGGUGGUAAGCCUAAGGGACCACUUGAAGCUCUUCGGCCUAAACUACAGCCAACACAACAGCAAACACGUUACCGGAAAUCUCCAUACGCCCCUUCGGGUGAAGAAGGUGGAAGUGUUCCAUCUGAGGAUGCACCUUCCAAUGAGUAA